AGUGUUGAGUGUCGCCUCUCAGGCACGAAGAAGGACCAUUAUGUGCAACUGAUCCUCACUCUGCUGCAUUCUGAUAAUGUUUUGAGUAUAUUUUUGGAUAAAACGUUUAUAUUGUAGUGGUGUAGGUGAGCAAAAAUGAGUACACACGUUAUAACCCCGGGACCUUAUCGAGCCACAAAAUUGUGGAAUGAGGUGACUCGUCUCUUUCGUGCUGGUAUGCCACUAAAGAAACACAGGCAGAAUUUCAGACAUCAUACUUCAUGCUUCACUGCCAACGCGGCUGUGGACUGGCUUCACCAACUCCUGCGCAACAACAGCAAUUUUGGUCCUGAUGUAACUCGGCAACAGACUGUACAGCUUUUGAAAAAGUUUCUGAAGAACCACGUGAUCGAAGAUGUCAAAGGUCGCUGGGGUACAGAGGAUUUCGAGGACAACAAUGGGCUUUACAGAUUCCCUUCAACUUCAACACUCAAGCCAAUUCCAUGUCCAUCACAAGUCCCAGGAUCAGCUCCUGGCUCAGUUAAGAAAAAGCAUUCAUUCAGAGAGAAAGAUGGAUUCUUCAAGUUUAGAACAAUCAGAAAACAUGAAAAAGAUAUACAGACACAGGAAAAUGCAGACCCUACUCUUCACACAGAAGAGGAUGGAGCUGAGCACAUGUCACAAAGGCGAGAGCUGACGGUGGAGGAUGAACACACGAUCUGGAAAGACAUCACACUGACCCAUUUACAGAGGAUUUUGGGAGUUGCAUCACUGGAUGAAGUUUUAGAUUACCGCUCUGUGAAUCCGCAAAACAUCAUCCAUAACAUGACCAAAGUCAACAAACAUGGAGUGGUUACAUUGGAUGAUAAAACAAAUGAUCUCCCGCAUUGGGUUUUGUCGGCUAUGAAAAGCUUGGCUAAUUGGCCGAAGUACGACAGUGCCCAGCCGUCCUAUCCAGGCUUUGAGAGGGAUGUCUUUAAAACAGUGUCUGACUACUUCUACAGUCUUCCACAGCCAUUGCUCACAUAUGAGUUGUAUGAGUUGUUUAUCAAUGUUUUGGUUUUUUGCGGUUAUGUUGCGGCGCCCUCGUCUCAGCAACUUGGGAAACGAAAGAAGCCCGACCUCCCCUCUGUGCCCCCACCGGCCAAGGCAUCGUUUCGGUCGACAGAGUGUCUGCUCCUGUCACUGCUUCGGCAGGGAGGCUGUGAUGAGACAGAGUCCCCAAUGAGAGAGGUGCUUGGGGUUCAGCUGCAGAACAGAGGUCUCGGUGAUGCUCUGUUAGGGGGAAGCUGCAUGAAUCUGAGCACCACAACUUUUGUAAGACCCAGAACCCGGAGCUGCUCCUUGGAGACCAUUUUAGAUGACUCUCUGAGUCAGAAAAAACUUUUUCAAUCUAGUGACUGUCUGGAAUUGUCUGCCUCAAACAAGAGUGAAAGUUCCUGCCUUACAACACCCAGUAGUAGUUCAGACUUUACAUGCAACUCUACCCCUAGUACCUCAGGGUGUGCUCCAGAAGUACGCUCCCGAAAAAGACUGUCUCUCUCUUCUAUGAAAGGGCUUAGAUCGGCUCAGAGGAUGCGCUCUUUGAGGCCUCGCAGUGUGGGAAGUUGUUUGGAUAUUGUUGUAGAAACGGGAGAGGAGGAAGCUAAGGAGAGCAGAUUUUCAACACGAGCAGCUAGCUGUCUUGAUGUGAACACUCCAGCUGCCCAGCAACCCCCCUUCUUGCCCCCCUGUCCUGCUUUCCCCCCUUCUGCGCUUGCCAAAGCACACGGGCCCUCUGCUGCCACAGGACCCCGACCUGCUGCCAGCACCUCCAACCUGCAGAUCCCCCGAGCUCUCACUGUCACGCGGCGCUGUAUCAGCACACUGGAUGUGUCCAAGCCUCCGCCCCCUCUGUCACUGUUCAAACAACCUCUCCCUCAGUCCAAACCUGGCAACAGCCUUUUACAGCCUCAGUGUGAACGCAUGGCCAUUGAAGCACUGCAGCUGUGCACACUUCUGCUGCCCCCCGCCUCCCGCCGUAAACUCCAGCUCCUGAUGAGGAUGAUGUCGCGGAUUAGCCAAAAUGUGGACAUGCCCCGCCUCCACCCAGCCAUCGGCACUCGCACACUGAUGGUACACACAUUCUCAGGCUGUGUACUAGGCAGUGCAGAGGAAUGUGAUUUGGAUGAGCUGCUGGCCACCAGACUGGUGUCAUUUUUUAUGGACCACCAGCAGAGCAUUCUUUCAGUCCCAGAGUACUUGCUGACAGCUAUCGGGGACCACAUUCGGUAUCUACGCACAGUACAGGUCCCCAUUGGCCCUACUGCUGAUGCUGGGGGUGAAGAGGAGAUCUCUGUGCCUCUGCCCAUCUACGCCUUCUGCCGUCAGAUCAGUGGAGCCGAGUUUGAACAGCAGAAGACUGAAUCUUUACAGCAGGCCAUGGAGGAAUUACUUGAAACACUCCUGACUGACCAGAAUAUAAGUGAGAAGGAUAGACGGAAAAAACUUAAACAGUUUCAGAAGCAAUACCCCGACAUCUACAAUCGCCGUGUCCCUGCCACAGACCAGAAGAACAAACCAAAGAUUAAACCUCCGCUCCUCAACAUCAAGAAGACCAAAGUUUUUAGUAUCAGGAACUGAAUUUUUUAUUUUUUUAUUUUUUAUUUUUUUAUGUAGUUUGUUGAAGGCAGUGGACUGAAGACCCUUUUUUUAAAUUGUACAUAACAAGGUUUUAUAGAAAGUGUACAUGUAAACUGUAAUUGGUACACUGAUGGGUGUUGUCAUAAUUAGCUAGAAAUUAGAAUUAGCAAGAAAACUUUUAAUGCAAGUUUGAGUUCUCACUUAUUUUAAUUUAUAAAGUGACAUUGGGAGAUUUUAACGGUUUAAGCUUAAUUAUUCAAAAUACUACAGUCUAUUUACCUGUUUUUGUAGAAAGUUUUUGUGUUGUCAUAACGUCUGUAAAAUAUUUUGCACUAUACUUUUAUUGUGGCCAGAUUAGAUUGUUCUGAAAAUGUUUUAUUUAUAAUUAUUUAAUGUUAAUACAGUAAAAAUGGUUUUGGUUUCACACUCCUGAAUCUAAAUAAAGGUAGAAAUCCUAGGACUCAUAUAUUCGAUGCUCAGAUUGGUGCAGUAAAAGCUUCACUUUCAGAUCAUUUUGGUAAUUUAGUUUUAGUUUAUUCCCAUUUAAUCCAUAAUUCAAUAUUUCCUUGUAAUGAAUGGUAAUAUGAAGUAUUUGUUUGACUGUGCUUGUUUUUUUCAUUUUUACCUCAAUGUUUCUGUUACACGUGCUCAUACUAACAGUGUUUUGGUAUUUUUCAUUCAUUUACAUUUUUUUUUACUAUGCA